GUAUCAAAGAAGCACAUUUCCAUUGGCUGUAUAUGGCUGUAUUGAUACAUGCAGCAGAAAACUAUUAUGGCUGCGCAUUUGGACUGACAAUGCUGAUCCAAAGUUGAUUGGAAAGUGGUAUUUGAUCACAUAUAUAUAUCAAGGAAAAUACCAUCAAUGAUCAGAGUUGACAGAGGCAGUGAAACCGGUAUAAUGGCUACCAUGCAAGCAUACAUAACCAAUAGCAUAGAGGCUUCAAGUAUCUCUCCGAUGGAAUCUGUUAUAUAUGGAAAAUCCACUUCGAAUCAGAUAGAAAGGUGGUGGAGAGAACUCCAUGAGCGUUUAGAAAAAUAUUUUAAAGAACAAUUGCGCUAUUUAAAAGAUCAUGGGUUGUAUGACCCACAGAAUGUGAUGGACAGACAUAUACUAGCAUUUGUUUAUAUUCCUGUUCUGGAAAGGGAAAUGAAAAAUUUUGUGGACAGCUGGAACACACACAGAAUCAGGCGACAAAAGGAUACUUUUCUUCCAAUUGGUGUCCCCAAUCAUAUUUUUGAUUUUCCAGAAAAUUAUGGGCUAGAACAAUGUGGAAGCUAUGUGUCCGAUGAAAUAUUAAAAAAGGCUGCUGAAAUGUCUGGAGUUCUCAGUGUACCAAGUGAUUAUCUACCUGCGCAAGUAAGGAAAAUGCUGACCGAUAUUUUGCCUAAUUCAGAGGAAACUGAAACACACAAAUGUGUUCAUGCAUUUUUAUUUGCUCAAAAGGAAACAAAACGAAUCAUUAAUCAAAACGAAUCAUAAAUGAACACAUAUUUACAUAAUUGCUGUGAACAUAUUUACAUUCAUAUGCCCCAUUAAGUGUCAGGAUUCCACUGCUGUUUUAUAUGAUGCCUCUGUAAAUAAAUAACCAAUGCUCAUUCCA